AUGUCACAGACGCCAAUAGAAUCACCACAAUCACAAUCACAAGGUCAUUCAAUUACAACUGCAACAGAAAAGUCCACACUCGACGCCAAUAUUACGACCCCACAGCAACAGGCACAACAAGAUCAGGGUACGCCACAGACAUCAUACGAUGAAGACGAAGAUAACAAUCCGUUUCUGCAUCACCAAGGACUAAGUAGUUUUAGUCAAUUGCAUUUAAACAACAGUAGCCAACAACCCAACGAAGAGUUGUCUAAAUCACUGGAUGAAGUAGACGAAUCAAUGCUACUAUACAAAACAUCCAAUAAACUAGAUAAAUCAAACAGCAAACAUAACGAGUCGUUCAAUACUGUCAAUAUGAAUUUUGAGAGCAGAGUUACUAAAUUACUAAAGCCCAAGAUUCGAGUUAAAAUACAAAUCACUGAAGCAGGAAAGUCUAAUGAAGGCAUGAACAAUUCCCUGAAGAAAUAUAUCGUUUACACCAUAAAGCUUGUCAAUUUGGAUGCUAAAAACGAUGAGAUUUUAACAAGAAGGAGAUAUAGUGAUUUCGAAAGUUUGCGUGACGUUUUAACCAAGAUUUUCCCCUUGGUUAUUAUCCCACCAAUCCCACCCAAGAAUUAUUUUGACUUUUCGGUCUUCAAUGGGUUUGUUGGACAAGGAAGUAUCGGAUUUGGUACAAACAAUGGUGGGGGAGUAGGAGUAGGUGGUGGCGGUAUUGGACAAGAUCGAUCAAUUGGUGGAUUAGGGUCUGCCUCAUCGGGUGCAGCAGCAGCAACUGCUGCUGCUAAUGCGAACGUCAACACCAGCCAUGCCACCACCUCAUCAACCAAUAACUUUUCUAACCCUGCAUCGUACGCAUACAUUAAUUCCAACCAUCUAGCUAAAAACCAAUUGGUUGAACAUCGCAAACGACUCCUUUCGAAUUUUUUAAACAACUGUCUUGAAAUUAAACAGAUCCGCAACCUUGAGUUUUUCCACAAGUUUCUUGAUCCUAAUGCUAAUUGGUCUGAUGAAAUUGCCUUAAUUCAAAAUCAAUUGCCUAAAUCAAUAUAUUUACUGAAUCCAGAAAAUGGGUUGAAAACAGAUGCCAUAUAUGCCAAUUUACCAAAUCCUUCAUCAAGUAAAAAUACCAUGAGUUUUUUCAAGGAUAACGGGAAAAGGAUCACCAAAAAGACCAAUAAAUUGAUUGGAAACAGCAUUAGUAGUAGUGCUAGCACUAUAGCGGCCGAAGCCACUGGAGUCGCGCCUACGCCCGAUACAACCGCCACUGAAGCAUUACAAAAGAAGAAACAAAGUGAAUACAUUGUCGACACUUCGGGAUUAGAUGAAGUGAAUAAAAGAAUAAUGACCAAUUUCAUGGGUCUUUCUAACGAUUAUGCCGAAUUGGGUAGUAUGUUUAAUUCGUUUUCUUUGAUGUUUUCAGAAACUUUUCUGCUGCUGCUGCGUAGCGAAGAGGAAGGUGGUGGAGGAAGGAGAGGUAGUGGGAUUGCUAAUACAAGUGACGACGAUGGUGGUGUAGCUACAACUACAUCGGCAGCUGUAGCCGUCACAAGCAAUCAACGAGUUGGACAAGACAAAUCUAAUGACCAUGAUGAUGACGAUGAAUUGAAUUUCAUCUUUGACAAGAUUGGUCAGUGUUUUGAUCGAUCUUAUAUUGCUAUUAAUUCGUUAAUUGGUGAUUUGGAAACUCAGUUUUCCGAACCAUUGGGUGAGGCAGUCCAAUAUACUCAAAUAUUACAUUAUAUAACCAAAUAUCAGUCAAGGAAAUUGACUCAGAAGCAAAUGUUGGAUGAUGAUGUGAAGUACAAGAGAAAAGAGUUGAAUCAAUUAUUGAAGAUUGAACAAGAAGCAGGUAUGGUUGAACAUGCAAUUAGGCAUCAGCAUAGUAGCAAUAAUAGCCACAGCCACAGCAACAACACUAAUAACGAUUCAACCAAGUCAAAGUUUGACUUGAAUGGUGGUAAUGCAGCCACGUCUGCUUCUGCUGCCACCUCCACUAAUGCUUACAAAUCAGCCCCCAAUGGUACUCCAAUAACUAAUGGAGCAUCAAGCAACAACAGUAAUGCAACGUCCCCCACAUCUUCCGCCAGCGGCGGAGGAGCAGGGUUAUUCAAAUUGCCCAGUUUUAAAUUUAAGAAGUUAACGCGAUAUGUAAGUGAAAUAAUUGAUCAAAAUCCGCAACAAACAAGACGCACCAAAAUCCAUGAAUUAACUGACAAGAUUGGCGUAUUGGAGAAAUGUCAAGAUAUAAUGCUUGCUGAUUUAUCAUUUAUCUAUGAUGAAAUUGACAAGAAUUUACAACAGUUUCAAAUUCAUCAGUUGAAGAUGAUUUAUGAGAUAUUGUUGUAUUAUAAUCAGGUUUUGAUUGGAUGGGCAAAAAAGAAUAUUGAAAUAUGGCAAGAUGUUAAAGAUGAAAUUAUCAAGUAUUGA